AUGACCCCUACCCUGCUCCAUGCCACCUUGUUGGAAGCGGAGAAUUUCCCUGAAAAUCCAUGGACAUCCUUGAGAUUUUUGACCUCUUCUGGUGAGUUAUUGACUCGAAAGUUGCUGGAAAAGUUGCAGAAGACUUUGCCAAAAGAUUGCACCGUUCUAAAUCUCUACGGCUCCACUGAAGUGGCGGCUGAUGCCACCUAUGCAGAGUUACCAAGGGAUGACGUGGCUAUCGAGCAUCCCUUGGUGCCAUGUGGUCGGGCCAUUCCCAAUGUGUGGCUGGAAAUACGCGGUGAAGAAGGGGAUGCUGAAUGUACAGCUGGUGAGGAGGGGGAAGUCUUCAUUUUUGGAGCUUGCCUGUCAUCAGGAUACUUCGAAGAUGUUUCCAGCUCCUCUCCCUUCGUGACAUUUCCGGGACGACCGGGACGACCGGGACGACCCACUCGCUGCUUCCGCAGCGGCGACGUGGGACGCUGGGCCGUGGCGCAGAACGGCGGGGAGACGUUGCAGAUCUUGGGCCGCUGCAAUCAGAUGGUGAAGGUCCGUGGACAGCGCGUGGAACUGUCGCUGGUGGAAUUGGCUCUGACGUCUUUGCGCUCCGGUGAUCUGCGUCUUUCGGAAUCUGACAGGGACCAAGAUCAACAAGAUCAACAUCCCAUUUUCACCGAAGCCGCCUGCUGUUUGGUCGACCACCGCGGCACGCCGACCCUGGCAGCCGCCGUGGUCGCCGCGGCUUCUUCGACGGAAACGGCGGCGACGGCGCGGCGGGCGCUGGCGCAGCGGCUGCCGGCGGUGGCGGUGCCGGGCAAAGUGCUGCUGCUGGACGAAAUGCCGCGACUUCCAGGCGGCAAAAUUGAUCGACUUGCCGUGGCUCAGAAGCUCUCAGCAUCUUUCGAUUUGAAGCAUGGCGUGGGUCCAGUGGGUGUGGUGGCUGAUGCAUGGCACAGUGCGUUGGGCUUCGGUUUCGCUUUCAACGGUGAGGAUGUGUCCUUCAUGGAAUCUGGUGGCAAUUCAGCGGGUUUGAUGAAGUUGGCAUCUUUGUUGCGACAGCAUUGGCCCCACUUGGCGUAUGAUGAGAUUAUGGAGGCGGCAUCGGUCUCGUAUAAUUGCCUGCUGAAGUUGUGCCAAAGCUCCAAAAAACGAAAGCAUGAGGAUACUGAAGUAGAAAUGGUCACAGACACUGCGGCAGAGGCAGAGGGUGAUGUUGGUCCAGCUGAGACAGUGGAGGUCUUGCAACGAGGUGGUACCUGCAAUGUUGGAGCCACGGAAAUUCCCCGCGGCGAGACGCGAGACACGGAAGUCGUCCUGUCAUGGAAAGCCGAUUUGCGGCAAUGUGUGGAUGCACCUCCCUUGCUGGUGAAUGUGCCGAAGGCUGCGCAGCCAAGAUGGUGGUUGUUAAUCGGGUCCCAUUCCCAUCAGCUGGGCUGCUUCGAUGCAGAAAGCGGUGCCCAGCGCUGGCAGCUGCAACUCAGUGACCGCAUCGAAGCUGGUUGUGCCUGCGCCGUGAUCGACGGGCAGCACCGUGUCUUCGCCGUGUGUUACGACGGAAAGAUGCACUGUAUGGACCUGCAGUCAGGUUCCAUGCACUGGUCGUGCGUGGUGUCACCUACGCACAGCGACACUGAAAUCAAAAGCGCCCCGGUGGUUGCGAAUGCUGUUGCCAUCGUGGGCACACAUGGCGGUACAGUGGCAGGUGUUGAUGCAAAGUCAGGCGAACGUCUAUGGGAAGUGAAAGCACCAGGCGCAGUCUUCGCAUCUCCUGCGAUUCAAGGUCAAACGAUGUACAUUGCCACCACGUCAGGGCAAUCCAUUCUGAAGUAUCAGGCAGCUGAUUUCCGCCUGGUGCCGUUGCGCCAGUGGCUCCUCCGCCUCUCGGCGCCCUUCUUCGCGGCGCCGCUGCCGUUCGCCGCCAGCUGCCUGGUGCUGAGCGUCGACGGCGUCCUGCGAUGCCUCGACGCAGGGGGCGGACGCACCUGGAGCCUGGCGUUGGAGGGGAACGCCUUCGGGACGCCAUGCCGAUGGGGUGAACAGAUCUUCAUUGGUACCCAUGGUGGUCAUCUCUACUGCAUCAUUUCUGGGCGCAUCGCCUGGCAUUUGGCUGUGGGCGACGUGAUCUACGGCUCGCCCUUCGUGGUCUCCGACGGUGGCACCGGGGCCUUCGUGGCCGUGGCAACGCGCGGCGGGAGGCUGCUUUUGGUGGACGCCAAGGGGGAGGAAAUCCUUGGAAGCGCUGAGAUGUCAGGGGAG